CACCGUACACAAUCUCAGCAUCUUUCUACCGAUGACAAAGAGACCUUCCGGGGAGACGCGCUGCGCGCCACCGCUUCCACUGCGUUGCGCUGCAGACAAACAGAUACCCAGACAGACAGACAGACAGAACGUCAGAAGGACAGUCAGACGGGUCUGUCUCUGCUGCUAAGUGUCGGUCUCUCGGUUCAGUGUCAGUAGGAUGCGCGGAGCAGCAGCAGCAUCAUCAGCACCAUCCUCCUCCUCCUCCUUCUCAUCAUCAUCAGCAGCAGCAGCUCUCGGUGGUCGUAGCCUCGCUGCUCUGUAGCUCGCCGUGAAGCAGUGGUCACCCAGAGCAGAGCGGAGACAUGAGCUGCAACUGGGGCACCGAGCUGUGGGACCAGUUUGAUAAUAUAGAGAAACACACCAGCUGGGGAAUCGACUUCCUGGAGCGAUACACCAAGUUUGUGAAAGAGCGAGCAGAAAUCGAGCUGAGCUACGCCAAACAAAUCCGGAGUCUGUCGAAGAAGUAUCAUCCAAAGAGAAGCAGGGAAGAUGAAAGCAGGUACACCUGGUGCGUGGCGUUUGCCGCAACACUGCGUCAGCUGAGUGACGUUGCAAAUCAAAGGGAAGAACUGGCUGAGAACCUGAAUACGCAGAUUGUUUGCGAGCUGGCAAGAUACACGCAGGAGCUGAAGUCGGAGAGGAAAUCGCAUUUCCAAGAUGGCCGUCGUGCCCAGCAGCAUAUCGAGAGCUCGUGGAAACAGCUGGAGUCUAGUAAACGCCGGUUUGAACGCGACUGCAAGGAGGCCGAGCGAGCUCGACACGUCUCUGACAGAAUCGACCUGGAGAACAAGACGGACGGAGAAAAGCGCUGCUCACUGAAGGCUCGACAGACGGCUCAACAGAAACAACAAGCUGCUGAAGAAUCGAGGAAGGACUAUGUGACCAGUUUAAGCCAGUUUAACCAGGACCAGCACCAGCACUACCACACUCUGGUACCUGUUAUAUACCAGCGUAUUCAGGACAUGGAGGAGCGUCGUAUUGAAAGGAUCUGUGAAGCAAUGCGCUCCUCAACGGAAGCUGAGAGAAAAGUACUUCCUGUUGUGGGUCGCUGCCUCGAUGCCAUGAUGGAUGCUGCUGAGAGUAUCCAGCCCAGGAAGGACACUCGUCAGGUGGUGGAGGUGUUCAAGUCGGGGUUCGACCCCCCGGGUGAUAUUGAGUUUGAAGACUACAGCACCUCCAUGAGGAGGAGCAUCUCAGAAUCGAGUUACCUCGACAACAGGACAGAGAACAGGAGACACAGCAGGAAAUUGUGGCCCUUUAUCAGAAAGAACAAGCUGUUGACCCUGCUCUCCUCCCCUCGACAACCUCCUCCUCCACCCCCAACCUCACCUUCACCAGGGGGCGUGGCCAAUAGUCCCCAGUCUCCACCCCCUGCUUCGAGAGAACCUAUCACACAGCGACUAAAUGACCUCAUGACCUCUGGCUCCAGAACCAGGAAGCAGUGUCUACGCAGCAUCAAAAGAGGGCUGUCACUCAAACUGGGCUCCAGUCCGGCAGAUUGCAGUCACCUUCCUCCCGAGCAGAGACGAAAGAAACUCCAGACCAGAAUCAACAACAUCAACCAGGAGAUUCAGAGGGAGAAGGAACAGAGAAAUGCUCUGUUGAAGAUGAGGGAGGUUUAUGAACAGAGUCCUCAGAUGGGCGACCCCAGCAGUGUGGAGCCACGACUGGAGGAAGUCAAGCACAGUCUGCAGAGACUGGAGGAGGAGCUACGGAGACACCAGGUGUGGUUGUCGGAAGUCGACAGCAGAAUGUCUGAUCCUGGCCCCAGACAGAGUGGAGGUUGUGGGUUAAAUUCCCAGGGGACGACACCAGGCAGCAGCAGUCUGAAACAACUGGACAACAGGAGUCCCGCCAGCAGAGAGAGUCCUGAUGGCAGCUACACCGAGGACCAAAAUGCAGAGCUUCACUUUAAGUCACGCAGUUCAGAGUUUGAUGAAGAAUUUGAUGAGGAAGAGCCUCUGCCCAGUAUUGGUACCUGCAAGUCUCUUUACCAGUUUCAAGGUCAGAACGAAGGCACUUUGUCCAUGGUGGAGGGAGAGCUGCUGUCUGUGGUGGAGGAGGACAAAGGAGACGGCUGGACCAGAGUACGGAGGAACAUGGAGGAGGAAGGAUACGUCCCCACGUCCUACAUCAAAGUCUUUCUGGACAGCAGUGCCAAAGGCUUUGUGCAGAGUAGUCGUCUAGUCUAGCGCAGUAAUCGCCCAGUGAGGACGCCUGGCCACAGGAAGUGAUGUAAAGGAAACAGCUCAGAGGAAGUGCGGUAACAGCUUUUUUUUUCAUUGGACAGUUGAACCACUCAAAUGACCUGGUCCAGUCAGCUGACGGACCAAUGUCAAAAUUUGUGACGGGAUUAAAAAAAGUUUGUGUCCGGUUCCGAAGUGAACCAGAGUUUUGAGUCUGAUCAAAUCGAUAACCUCCGAAACCAGUCGUCUUUGUUAUCAGUCAGAAUGUGUUUAUCGCUCUUUCUCUGGAUCUGUUGUUCGGCCUCAAUUCUAGAAAAGUUCUGGAAUCUGUAAUUUAAGCAUUUUCACUGAAAAAUUUAUAAACCCUGAAAUGAAUACAUCCCAAAAAAGCUGGGCCAUUGAUACAGACCAGAAUUCAAAGGUCAAGUCAAAGGUCACUUGGUGAAUUCUGUUCAGACAUUUUUUUUUCUUCUUUUAUUUCAGCUUUUCUAGAAAUGAGGCUGUUGUUUAACUUCAUGUGUGUUUUCAAAAGUUUGCUAAAAUGCUAAACUGACCAGUUUAUUAAUUACUAUUAUUAUUGUUAACAGGGUAAAAAUAUAGAAAGUGAUUAAAAAAAAGUUCAGUAGAGGAAACUCUCAAGUCCAAAAUGACCCUAAAGAUUUUUUUUUUAACAAUACAGAACUCACGGGGACUUAAUGUUCAGCUUCUACUGAAACGCUGCUCAUUCACCUGCUGCUGAAUUGCAUUCUGGGUCGUGCUUUGCUUUGACUGCAUUGCGUGUGACAUAAGCUCCCCAGUAUUCCCGUACAGGUGCUAGCCAGUCAAAGUAUGUUUACACUUCAGAGGUCGGACAAAAAGAGUCUAAAACACUUCUUCUUUUAGCGGCAACGUUAGCAUUUGUUCUGCAGCGACGUUAGCCGCAGGCUCGGUUUUUAAAUGCUAGUGUCAUGAUCUUCGACUCGAAGUAGUAGAGAAACACGACAUGUAAAAAUUUGAAAUAAAUGACAAAGUUGAAAAACAAAACAAAAAAAAAAAAAUCUGAUAAAAGUUUUUACAUUUUGACGCCAGAAUUUGUCUUUUUGUGCUUGGACCAUUUUUACUGAAUCGGUUUGUUUCUCCGAUCAACUGGCAAACUGAUCGGAGAUCAGUUCACUCGAGUCAAAAUAUUAUGUGGGAAAAAUGUUUUUAAACAAAGGGAUAAUUCUCCUGAUUGCAAAAAAAAAAAAAACUUUAGCGACUGGUGUCAUCAUUAACUAGAUGCACUAUUUCAUGACAGGUGUCAGACUGAAGGUGUGUAAAUAUGAGCUGUAGCUGCACAGGUGGAUUCUAACCCUGCCUCUGACAAUGACCUAGCCUGUAUUAGUGCCAUCGCUGCUUCUCGCGCUAUGAUUAUGUUGACUGAUUGUGUGAAAUGUGACACUUUCUUUUAUUUUAGAGUUAGCCAUUGUUUUUUUGUUUUUUUAAUCGAGACGUGGAACAGUUUAACCUGCUCUUUUCAACUACCUGUAUGUUCAACCUUCAGAUUAAAGUUCUGGAACUGA